AUGAUAGUAGAUCUGCCCAAGGACGGCAACAAUGACUCCAUCCUGGUCAUUGUAGACAGCUUUACCAAAUACGUGGUCCUGGUUGAAUGCUCAAAAAAGCUCAAGGCUCUGGAACUGGCAGACCUGUUCCUACGGCACGUUUGGAAACGUUAUGGCAUGCCUGAAAAAACAGUAUUGGACCAAGGAAGAGUGUUUAACAAUAAGUUCCUAAGGGCACUGUACCAACGCCUGGGGAUAGACCCCCACUUCUCCUUGGCCUACCACCCACAGAGUGAUGGGCAAACCGAGCGCGUAAACCCUACGGUUGAGCACUUCCUACGGGCCUAUUUGGGAAUCAACCAGAAGGACUGGGUAAAAUGGCUCCCAAUGGCGGAGUUUGCCUAUAACAACGCGGUCCAUAGCGCCACAGGCAAAACUCCAUUCAAGGCACUCUACGGAUGGGAACCGGCACUCACACCAAGCAACAUCCCAACAGACGUCCCUGAAGCUGACAAUCUAGCCACUCAGAUGGAAGCACAGUGGCGGGAAGUAGAAGCGGCACUCCGGCAGUCAAAAACACGCAUGACAGCCGGAGAAACAGGAGAACCAGUAACCUUCAAGGUUGGGGAAGAAGCCUGGCUGGACGCCAAAAACGUGAAGCUAAAAACCCUGAGCCCCAAGCUAACGGAACAACGUCUAGGACCCUUCAAGGUGACCAAAAAGAUCUCUGACCGCGCAUACCGCCUGGAACUCCCGCCGUCCAUGAGGAUCCACAAUGUCUUCUAUGUGGGACUACUGUCAAAAGUAAAGAGGGACAAUAAACGCACAUUUGAGAACCAACCACCGCCAAUCACCGUGGACGGAGAAGAGGAAUACGAGGUAGAAGGAAUCACGGAUAUGGAAAAAAGGGGCAAAGAAUGGUUUUUUAGGGUUAAAUGGAAAGGCUAUGGAUCAGAGGAGAAUACCUGGGAACCAAGGGAAAACCUCAAAAACGCCGAAAAAAUCCUGAAAAAAUUCGAAAAAGAAAUGAAGGAAAAGGCCCUUGGCGCUGCCAAGGCCCUUAGAGGGGGGGCAGUGUCGUAG